GUGAAUUCAUUCGUUUUUUGGCUUACAUUUUAAGGGUAUUAAACACUAUAGGAAAGUCUAUUCUGUUACAAGUAGUUCCAGGAAUCACAUUUGAUCUUUUUUUAGAAGGAAAAGAGGAAAUAUUGAAGUAAAAGGCUUAGACCCUUAGACCAGAGUUCAAAACAUGAGAAAUACGGGAUUGUUAUUCGCCUUAUCAUUAGUCGGUGUGUGUGUAGCAGCUGAUGUUGCAGCAGCAGCAGCACCAGCCGCGGCACCAGCCGCCGAUACUACUCCGGCAGCAGCACCAGCAGCAGGAGCCGCAGCACCUACAACAACUCCAGCAGCAGCAGCAGCAGCAGCACCAACUACAACUCCAGCAGCAGCAGCACCAACUACCACUACUACCCCAGCUGGCGCAGCUGUACCAACUACCACUACUACCCCAGCUGGUGCAGCUGUACCAACUACCACUACUACCCCAGCUGGAGCCGCCGUACCAACAACAACUACUACCCCAGCUGGCGCAGCCGUACCAACAACAACUACUACUCCAGCUGGUGCAGCUGGAGCUACUACUGCGAAGACUACUCCUACAACUACAGGAACUGCUAAAACUACCAACACUACACCAGUCGCCCCUGGUGCAGCAGUGGACACCACCACUCCAGUUGGUGAUCCUGGUUUAGUUCCUGCGGGCGGCGCAGCCACUACUGAUCCAAUAAAUCCUGCACCAGUACCAGCAACUGCAACUGGAACUGCUACUACUACUGGUGCCACCACUGCUGAUGGAGCUCCAGUUGCUAAUCCAGAUGACCCAUUAACAAGAUCUGCCUUAACGUUUAUUACUUCAUACCAAAGACCAACCACUACAUUUGGAGAAACUGCAGGUGCUCAAACUACUGGUGGGUCCGGCUCUUCAGGCGCUUCAACCGGAUCUAAGAAUGGAAUCAACUCCAUUGAAGUUGGAAAUGGUGUGUACAUUGCAUGUUUAGGGGUGAUUGCAGCACUUAUUUAAAAGAAUAAAAUUACAUUAGAACAGAGACAUUAAAUAAAGAAUAUAUAUAUUUAUAGUUAUACAUACA